UCGCUCCAGUUCUGCACUCGCUGCGCUCGAGUUCAGUCAGCACAGUCUUUCAACUCCAACUUUCAGCGUUAUCCAGACGCACUUGACCAAAACACGACGAAGUGGACAACUCGAUGACUUAUUACGAACUGAAUAAUAAUGGAUUAUCACGUUAAACUGAAAUAAAAGAUGCGUUCUGAUCUGUCAGACUAUAGGUAACGCGGCGAUGCGCAGCGGCAGGUGAUGUGGAUGCUGACGCGCCGUGGCUCAACUGGUCUCCAAGUGGCGCUGAGAACCUCUGGAAGAACUUUUGCGCGAUGGACUUUCAGUAGGAGUCGGAAUCAUGGAGUUAAGGGACUACCUAAGAAGUCUUUAUGACAUAUUCCCUAUUAGUUUCCUUUUAGGCAUUUAUUGUUUAUUUAUCACAGCUGUGCAAAUUAACAAAUGGAUCGUUUUAAAGCGCAAACCAAGUAUUGCUCACUGCAGUACGUUUUAAAACUUUUGUAGGACAUUUAGUGACAACACUUGCCCUUAUCUAGUUAAUCCGGAUCCCGUUGGCUCGCAUGGGACUGAGGCACUCAUCGCGGUGCCUGCUCCUGCGGAGAAAGAUGGCGGAUGCGGAGAGCUCGGAGCAGCGCCAGCAGCAGAAGCAGCAGCAUAUUUCCAGUGUGCCCUCGUCCCAGUCCUUGCAACCUUCUCCGCUACCAAAGCCAGUGACUUCCGUUCAUCAUGUUCCACACCCCCCACACACACCACAUGUCUCUGCACUGUCUGCCUGUCCGGGACGAGGCAAGAUGGCCAAGCUACUCAACCCGGAGGAGAUGACAUCACGGGACUACUACUUCGACUCCUAUGCCCACUUUGGAAUUCAUGAGGAAAUGCUAAAGGAUGAGGUGAGGACACUGACUUAUAGGAACUCCAUGUACCACAAUAAACACAUCUUUAAGGAUAAGAUUGUUCUAGAUGUGGGCAGCGGAACCGGAAUCCUCUCCAUGUUUGCUGCCAAGGCAGGAGCUAAGCAUGUGUACGGGAUCGAGUGUUCCAGUAUAUCAGAGUAUUCCGAAAAAAUCAUCAAAUCAAACCACCUGGACAAUGUUAUUACCAUCAUUAAAGGGAAGGUGGAGGAGACUGAACUGCCCGUGGAUCAGGUGGACAUCAUCAUUUCAGAGUGGAUGGGCUACUGUCUUUUCUAUGAGUCUAUGCUCAAUACUGUCAUCUACGCCAGGGACAAAUGGCUGAAACCUGGCGGUUUCAUGUUUCCAGACAGAGCGACAUUGUAUGUGGUCGCCAUUGAGGAUCGACAAUACAAAGACUUCAAAAUCCACUGGUGGGAGAACGUCUAUGGUUUUGACAUGACGUGCAUUCGGAACGUUGCUAUGAUGGAGCCCCUGGUGGACAUAGUAGAUCCUAAACAAGUCGUGACCAACUCCUGCCUCAUUAAGGAGGUGGACAUCUACACGGUGAAGCCGGAGGACCUGACGUUCACCUCAGCCUUCUGCCUGCAGAUUCAGAGGAAUGACUAUGUUCACGCUCUCGUCACGUACUUCAACAUUGAGUUCACCAAGUGUCACAAGAAGACAGGCUUUUCUACAGCCCCUGAUGCUCCCAGCACUCACUGGAAGCAGACAGUGUUUUAUCUGGAGGAUUAUUUAACGGUGCGGAGAGGAGAGGAAAUCCUGGGCAGCAUCACCGUGAAGCCCAACGAGAAUAACGAGCGUGACUUGGACUUCACCUUUGAGCUGGAUUUCAAAGGGCAGCUCUGCGACGCAGCCAUCUCCCAUGACUACAAGAUGCGGUAAAACUCAAGCAACAUCUCGAGUCGGGGCACUGUUUCCCAGGGAGAUUCGGUGGAGAGAUGGACUGUGUCUCUCCUCUGCCUCUGUCUGGAUAAGAGAGGCUGCCAAACUGCAGGACCCUUCUAUGAUGUCAUCAGUGAAAGUCCAGCACUAAAAGCAAUAGUGUCAUCGCGUGUCACGUUCUUAAACGCACAUAAAGAAUAGACUGUGAAAACAUCACUCUGAAUGUAACUGUUAACGAGUCUGAGAAUGUCAAUGUUUGUGUUUAUUUAACCGUAUAAGAAAAGUGUUAAUGAACAGUAUAUGCCAAUGUGAAAUCGUACAAUGGUGCCUCAUAGAACAAAGGCUUCAGUUUGGGUGCAUAAAUGAAAAGAGUUUUGCUUAUGUUUAAGUGCAUUUUAUUGUGUUAUAUUUAUUGGGUUAGUGUAGAGUUGUUUAAUAUAGUGACCACUGGCAUGUUUUCUACCUUUUAUUUUAAUUCAUUCAGGUUUCACUAAGAUUUUUCUAAAGAACCUCUAAGAGCAGCUAAACUAUUUUAAAUCAUUCUUACUGAAUACAAGAUUUGUUAUUUUAGAGUAACUUAAUGUGACAGUUUUAACUUACUAACAGUUUCACUUUUUUGUGUUCAUUUAAAUGUCAGGUCACUGUCACAUACAACCUGUUUGAACCACCUGUUUGCUCCUUUGUGUAAAACAAGAUGGUCACAGAGCAGUUCAGAUGAAGGCAACAAACGAGGGAUGACAUGUUCAACACUGACUCCAGCCAAUAUUCUUCCCUCAAUAACAUAUUGAAGAUUUUAGUGCUUACUGAUGUUGUCAUCAACUGAACUGUCUCUUUAAAUGGUUACUGAAAACACUUCUUGUUCUAGUAGAGAGGUUUUACUGGCCAUUUUGAAAUCUAGGUUUCAUGAUGCUAGUAAGACUUCAGAUGUAUUGAAUGAGGCUAUUGAAAUGCUAAAUAAAUGGGAAGUAACAAACAA